AUGGAUCGCCCGCUUGCAUCGUCGUUGGGUUUCGCAACCUUUCUCAUCUGUACGUGUCGCCGGAUGAAUCCGCGUAGUAACCGUUGUGCCAUUCGAGUGAAUUCAGCUUUUCAACGCCAUUUCGCACUGCGCCAGCGUUGCUUAUUAUGGCGAACCAUUUUCAUACCCGAAUUAAGUAGGGCACUUGUACGAGCACCACGACAUGUAAUAUUAUCACAUUUUUUAGAUGCUUGUAUCAGAUGCAUCUAG